UCGAUCAUAUAAUCAAACGAGGAAAAAAAUUUUACUGAGAGAAUAAAGAUUUGUAACUAAUUCUAAAAAACAGAAGAAAGAUUUGUAAUUGAAAUUUACAGAAUAGAGUAAUGGAUGGUUCAGGUCCAAGAGAAGGAGGAGGAGUUAUGAAGCCGGUUUAUCUCAGAGUUUGUAUUGCUGUUGUAUUAUCCGCAACUGGUUUGAUCAUGGCGAGGUUCGAGUCUUGGAAAGAAGAUAAUGAGGUAAAUUCUUGUGCAAGCAAUCAAGAGUCUUCUUCAUCACCUAGCAGAAACAACGAUGGAGAAGAAGAAGAAGAAAACGAAGAAAAAGAGAGCCUUGUUGAUCAUCAAAAGCGAGAGAUUAUCAUCUUGAAUUCGAGACUAGAGGAACUUCAGAAGAAGAAACACGAGACGGAGUUGCGUUUCGAACAUUAUUGUUUUCUUAAAGACAAAGAAGCCAUGCUAAUGGAGCAAAAAAGCAUGUUGGUUCUUGAAAGGUCUCAAUUAGAUUUCUUCCGUAGAGAAGUUUCGGCCAUGGAGGAAGAACUCAAGAGGGGCCAAGAUUUGGUGAUCGUGUAUAGUAAACUGGUUGGAGAAAUCCAAGAGUUGAGAUCAAAGAAUUGGCUUCUUGAGGGAGAAACAAAGAAGCUCAGGAUAAGAGUGAAGCAAUUACACCGUGUUGUAAACCAGAAGAGCAGGAAGAGUGUUAAGAAGUUAUUGAAGUGUCUUCAUGAACUGGGGAAAAAGAAUAUCUUUGUGAAGGGACUUGAAGAUCAAGUGAAAGAUUUGAAAGCCAACCUUGAUUUGUUGCAAGAGGAAAAAGAAGUAUACAUGAAAUCCUCAGAAAAUUCAGAGAUGGUGAGUGUAGAAGAUCAUAGAAGGGUCUUAGAAAAGCAUGAGGAUUUGAAGACAGAAGUGACUUACCUGAGAUGGAUCAAUGCUUGUUUGAGGAAGGAGUUGGUGAGAAACGGAACCAAAUAUGAGGGUGCUCUUGAAUUGACAGUAGCGGCUGAAAAUAAGAAUAAAUGGGGGAAGGGGUUCUGUUGGAGGUUACUCUGAGAAGGUGGAGCCUGAUUAAGAAGGGAUGUUUCAUUCAACAGUCUCUUGCUUCACAUAAAUUUCAAUGUUUUAAGCAUUUCUCCAAAAUUCCUUAGUCAUGACAAUGUUUUCUUGUAACACUGACUUAUUAUCUAUGUAAUAAUUAUCAGCAAUUCUAUA